GCCGCUGCGCACCAGUCACGGCUGCGCGCCGGCGCCGCCACCCCCACAGCGGGCGGCGGUUCGUGCGCUAGGCCAGCUGCCGGCGUGGGACGGCGGAGGGCGGGAAGGCGCUUAACCGGAGGCUGGCACGGUUUCCUAGAUCUAAAAGAAAGGCUGAGUUAGAGUACCCUUCCAAAAUGGCUGCUCUUAAGGAAGAGAGAGAUGUGGAAGACUACAAGAGGAAAGGAAGACGAUCCUCACAGCAGAAAUACCGUAGACUGAAUAAGGGCCAUGAGCCAAAGGAGCCAGAGCAGUUGAGAAAGCUGUUCAUUGGAGGUCUGAGCUUUGAAACAACAGAUGACAGCUUGAGAGAGCACUUUGAAAAAUGGGGCACGCUCACGGACUGUGUGGUGAUGAGAGACCCACAAACAAAACGUUCCAGAGGCUUCGGCUUUGUGACUUACUCUUGUGUGGAGGAGGUGGAUGCUGCCAUGAGUGCUCGACCACAUAAGGUUGAUGGACGCGUGGUUGAACCAAAGAGAGCAGUUUCAAGGGAGGAUUCUGUAAAGCCUGGAGCACAUCUCACAGUAAAGAAAAUAUUUGUUGGUGGAAUUAAAGAAGAUACAGAAGAAUAUAACUUGAGGGAGUACUUUGAAAAAUAUGGCAAGAUUGAAACCAUAGAAGUCAUGGAAGACAGGCAAAGCGGAAAGAAAAGAGGCUUUGCUUUUGUAACUUUCGAUGAUCAUGAUACAGUUGAUAAAAUUGUUGUUCAGAAAUAUCAUACAAUAAAUGGACAUAACUGUGAAGUGAAAAAAGCACUCUCAAAACAAGAGAUGCAGACUGCUAGCUCUCAGAGAGGUCGUGGUGGUGGCUCAGGCAACUUCAUGGGUCGUGGAAACUUCGGAGGUGGUGGAGGGAACUUUGGCCGAGGAGGAAACUUCGGUGGAAGAGGAGGCUAUGGGGGUGGUGGUGGCGGUGGUGGGAGCAGAGGAAGCUUUGGGGGUGGUGACGGAUACAAUGGAUUUGGUGAUGGUGGCAACUAUGGAGGUGGUCCUGGCUAUGGCAGCAGAGGAGGUUAUGGUGGUGGUGGAGGACCAGGAUAUGGAAACCCAGGUGGUGGAUAUGGAGGUGGUGGAGGAGGAUAUGAUGGCUACAAUGAAGGAGGAAAUUUUGGUGGUGGUAAUUAUGGUGGGAGUGGAAACUACAAUGAUUUUGGCAAUUACAGUGGACAACAGCAGUCUAACUAUGGUCCCAUGAAAGGUGGUGGCAGCUUUGGUGGCAGAAGUUCAGGCAGUCCCUAUGGUGGUGGUUAUGGAUCUGGAAGUGGAAGUGGGGGCUAUGGUGGUAGAAGAUUCUAAAAUUGCUACCAGGAAAAGGGUUGAAUGAGAAGCUGCUGCUUGACAAAAUGGGGAAUGUCUUGCACAUCUUCAGUUGAAGGUUUCUGACUGGGUAAGAUCUGUAGCGUAUAGUCAAACAUGUUUUAACUGUUAUUUCCUCCUAGGCUUUCCUUUGUCAGCCUUUUAGUAUCAGGGAAAGCCUUAAGGAGCAAGUAUUCCAGCAUACGUCCUCCAGUGGUUCUGUUCUGGGUGAGGGGUGCUUGCUGGCAUAGUUGCUGUUCCAGAAUCUUUUGUGUGUCUGAGAUCAACAAGACAAAAAUAAUGAAUGUUUUGAAAUGGGUGCUCUGGGGGGAGUGUACGGGGUGGGGGGUGGGGCGUGGGUGGAGAAAUUCUUCGUUACCUUGUAAUAGAGACUCCUGACAGAAACCCAGAGGGUGAAGACACCGAAGCGGUUCCUCACGCUCCUCAGUCGUGGGUGCUCCGCUGCUGCAGUAGUUUUGUAAAGGCACUUUGCAUUGGUUAGAGCAGCAAUUUCCCUCCUAAUAAAUGAAUCUUGGCUUACCAGGUGGGUUUGUAUUUAUCUGUACAAAUCGAAGAGCUCCCUUUCAGGUUUUCGGUGCUUCCAGGCAGGGUCGUUUAGUGGAGGCCAAUACUGUCGCGCGAUACCCAGCUGAAGGCACGGCAGGGCUUGGACAGAUGAAUGGCAAUAAAAGAACUUUUCAUGGGCAUCUGCUUUUGUGCACCUCAGUUCUUAACUCUUGGAACAUGUAUUUACUUUUCUGCCUCUCUGCUUGUUACAGGUCCGGGUUAUUUUUAACUCCUUUUAUAUAAUAGCCUAGUACCCGUUUAAAUUUAACAAUACAUUUCUGGGUCUGCAUUAUUCUGGUGAAGUCAGUUUCUAUUUUAGUGUUGGUUAUGUUUCAGUUACUCAGAAAAUAAAGUCAAAUGGAACCUGUGUGUUUCAGUUUAACCCGGGGCUUCAGCAUGUUCACAGGCUGAUUCAAGUAUUUCAACUUGUUACCUGCUGCCUGUAGACAUCCGGAAAGCAAACUCUUGGCCUUGUAAUGUACAGUUAAAAAUUAACUUGGAAGUAAUUUACAGUGGUAACGCUGAGAUUUUCAUAUAACUGGGAGCUACUCAAUGCAAAUCUCACAAUGACUGUGUAUUUUUCAAAAGCAUUGAUAAACGUUUUUGCUUAGCCAGGUUUGAGCCAAAAUUAGCAACCGCUGCAGUAAAGUCGCGGCCUCCCCUCCGUGUAGUAUGCCAGGCAGCUCGUUGCCGCGGUGACAGGCUUGUUUUCUUACACUGGAAGGUGGAAAACCUUCGCUUUUCCUCCGCUGGGCAGAGCUGCCUUGUGAGCUCGCCUGGGCGUCAGUGCGUAGCAACAGGUAACGGGGAGGGCACGCGGGGGUCUCAGGAUUGCUCUGGUGAGGGCAAGUGCUGCUGUCCUCGGGGGGAGAGGGAGCGUUACGGUUUUUUACCAGUACAGCACUGAAAGUGUUUCAAUAAAAACUUCCUGGUUUGCAUCCCGUUGCUAGGCCUGUGUACAGAGCACACAACGCGUACCUUUCCUCAGCACCCGAGCACUCUGCGUUGCUGCCGGCUCGUUCCGUGCUCUGGACAGAGGGGUCUUCCUGCACCACUUACAGAACUAGGUAGUCACUGUUAUUUUCUCACUUGGAUUUAUAACACACGCUAGAGUAAUUUGCUUAAUUUCAAUUUUUCAUACCCCAAUUUGUUGAGAAAUAAACCUUGUCAAAGAUAAACACAUCCUUAAGGAGUACUUGGCCAAGUGUAUGUUCGAGGCACUUCCAAGAGUUAAGAAUAUUGUUUCAUGGCUGGGCUUUUAUAUAGCGGCUGCUCUUGAAAGUAGCAGCCAUAAAUGGAGACGGAGGUGUAAAGAUGUGAAGUUAAUGAAGCGUUGGUCCCUAAGCUGCAGUUCUACCAAAGUUUGAUACCUAAACCUGUGCGCUAAUCUAAAAGCAAAUGGUACUUCCGGGCAGCAAAAAUGUAUUUCCCCAAAAGCGGCCCGGGCUGGUGCAGAUGUUGUAAGUGUUUUGUGAUUAGAGAACACUGAAACUAAUCACAUCAUCUUAACUUUGAUAUCCUUUAAAUUCUGAGGUGGGAAGGGGAAUGCUAGAUUUUGAAGCGUUGAUUGUGUGAUGUACUGACUUGCUGUCUUUGGUUCCUGUGUUUAAAACAUGAACGUGUUUUCAUAUACUGUCUGCACUGCUGCAGUGGAGUGUUCACAGUCCUAUCAGUCUGUGGUCUCUGACAAGUGCUUGUAUCUUAAAUUGUGUGCAGCGUGAAAGAUCUUGAGUAACACUAAAAAUCAGAUAUCUGAUGGAUGAUUCUUUUUCUGCUGUGGGUGCUACAGGUUGACAUCUCUAUAUAUGAUUAGCUUUUUCCUGAACUAAAGUAAUCCAAGUAUCUCCGUAGAAGAAAAAAUGGGUCUUCAUGUAGAAGAUAAUAUCGCAAGAUUGGAAAGAAUAAUAUAAUAACUGGCAAAGACUUCAAGAUCAAUGGUGCUAGUGUGCUGAAAUCUUAGAACUUGUGGUUAAGCGAGUUUAAAAAUAGCAUGGAAAUUUAAAAUUUCAGUAUAGUCCAUAAUGGAUUGAAAUUUGUUAAAAUAUUUCAAUUUUGUAUCAGAAUAAAGUGUAUAUUGUCAAAUGACUUCCGAUCGAAAAUGCGUUGCCAUCACCUUUUUUUAGUGCUGUGAGGAACAUAAAGCUGUCUUAAAUCAUUGCAACACACUGAGUUACAGGAUCAGCUUUCCAACUUGGGACUGCAAGUCAGAAAACCUUGGUUCAGCCCAGCUCCGCAGCUUCAGUAGUUUUAAAACUGCAUGUUUUGAUCAAGAAAUAAAGGGUCUCCAUGUGGAGAUUUUUCAGUGUAUGUGUUCAGCAUUGUGGUGUACUAGGCUUGGCCAUGUCACUAGUCACUUUCAGGCUUGGGAACAUGCUCUGUAUCUCAGUAACAAUAAUAAAAUGAAGGAUAUAGUCUGCAA